CUCGUUCGGUUCGUCGGGUCGCCGAACGGUCGACGACGAUUCCGACCGGCGUUCGUCGCGACCGCCCAGGUGAAUCGAUCGAUCACGGUCCGAUCGUCGUCGCCCGGCGCGGGGUCCGCGAUCAGGGAAGCGAGCGUUCGCGUCGCGCGUAUCGUCGUACGUUUACCGGAGAAUGUCCAGGCUUCGCUCGCUUCUCCGGUAAACGACCGCGGGACGAGGUCGCGCCGCGAACGCGCACCGCUUCGCGACAGUCAAUUAAUUCGAAAUCGCGUCCCGAGCGCGGUAACAUCGUCAUCGGGUCUGCGCCGCGUUGCGAAAUGAACCGGACAACGAACGUGACCCGGCCGGACGGAGCGAACGGGCGCCGCUCGCCUCUCGGAAAGAUACCUUGGCAGCUGCAAAUCGGAGACGGUUCGCCGCGCGCUCGCGUGGCCGAACGGUUGUUCGGUAAUUGCAUCCCUGUUCUUGUUCUCCCUUCCCGAAAGCCCCGUCCUCGUCCCGAUCCCUGUUCCCGUCCUCGACUCCUCUUCCUUUUCUCUUCAGCGAAACAACCCAAUGACCGAUCCUUCCAACCCAGUGAAUUUUGUACCAAAACGCGAAACUUCGAAAAGCUAAUUUCAUAUACGGAAUUUAAUUUUUUCACGAAACAUAUGCAUUAUAAAAAAUAAAUGCCAAAAAAAUCGCAAAAUCGAAGAACCGAAUAUAGACUGCAUUUCAAUUUCCUUGCACAGUCUCAACGAGAUCGCUCGUCUCUUGUUACCUGCGCGCAGUUUUUCAGUGUCCCUUGGACAGAUGUCGGUUUCUUUUUGUUCUUUUCUUUUCUCUCUCUCUUCUCUCUCUUCUCUCUGUCCCUCUGUCUCUCUGUUUCUCUCUCUUUUUAUCUUUUCGAGCGUUUUGAGUCGAUCAAAGGACUGGCGCUGGUAUUACGCAACGCCGGUACCGCGCGCGUAAGUCGUCUAACGUCGCGACGGAGUGUGCGCGGUCUCCCUCUUUGAUUUGCUCGAUUUCUUUGAAACACUUUCCAAGAAGAUUACGACGGACGCGUUUAAGUUUGCGUCACUCUGUCGGGUUCGCGCGAAUUCGACUCGAUGAACGGACUCGUCCGGAAGGAGAGGUUCGCGCGAACGUCGUCCUCCGUUCGAGUAGAAUCGGAGCGCUAUCGGUUUAAACUGGAAGCUCGAUCCAGAUCGAGGUAACUUUCAACGGCGACGCGAACGCAAAAUAUACGAUGCGAAACAAUCGGUAAACGUAAAUGAAAAAUCGAGUGGCGAAUGUGACCGCGAUCGCGGACGAGAAGGUAGAUGUGAACGCGGACGUGAACGGCGAUAACUUCGAUCAGCUUCGGGAAUAAUGGAUCAUCGAUCGACGACGCAUAUCCUUCUCGCUGGCUGACGUGAUCGAGGAAAGGAGAGCACCGUGGGAUACGAAAGAAUCGUCAGAUAUGCUGCAAAGCUUGACGUUCGUCGGUGCCAACCGGUUCGACGAUGAUUCCCGGGACCGCGCGAACGUCUCUGACCGCUUGUCGACCGGUCAGUGCGAUCUUCAGGGCGCACAGCUGCCCGGCCGAACGGAGAAGCCGAGGGGAAGCAACGGCGCGUCGAGGAACGUGACGAUGACGAUGACGACGGCGACGUCGACGUCGACGGCUGCGCAGGCGACGACGCCGACGGAGACACCGACGUCCACGGCGAGGGAACAGGAGUCCGCCGUGGCCACGGACGAGCGGCCGAUCUACAGCGAGUGGUUCCUCGCGAGCUGCGCGGAGCUGGCGAGUUACGGCGAGCAGAGCCACGACAGAGGAAACACCGCGACAACCUGGCUGUUUCAGGUUCGUCGGCGAUGUUCGAACAUUUGCAAUUGGCUGCCGAAGGUGUGCUCUUGCCUGGAGAACGGCGUCGCGAUCCCUCGGUUCUCCGGCCGGUCCGUGACCCGAGUCGGGAGCUACGAGAGAUUCGGCUCCCUGGGCACCGACGUUUUGGAAUUCGGCCGUGCGAUCCCGUCGACGGCGGGAACAGCGACGGCGAAGGCGCGCGCGACGAACGGACACCGGUGCGACGAUAGCAACGGCGUUGGUCGAGUGAUGGAAUUGCACUUCCACAACGACGACGACACGUGGUGCAGCUUGCUCGUCGAAGACAAGCUCCGCGCGGACGACGCGUGCCGGCUGCUCAAAACGAAGAGGAGCGUCUCCGGAGUCGCCUGGUCGAUCGUGGAAGAAUGGCCGGAGCUGGGAAUCGAGCGUACUCUGGAAGACCACGAAGACGUCGCAGCCGUGCACAGAGACAUGAAAGUGUUCGCGGCUCGGUUCCGUAGCAAGUUCCUCUUUCGAAUGGACUACCUCAAGUACGAGUUCUUCGUGGAUCCAAAGCAAUUCUUUCCGUCCGACAUGGCCACGUUCCCUAUUGCCGACGUAACCGUGAACGACGGAGGAACGUUGAUCGACGAGGAAAGCGCUUUACGAAAUUACCUGCUUCAAGACAACGCGCAGUGCCCGCAAGUGUUGAGCUUGGCGUGGGUGCGGAACGGAUACUUCGACGCUUGGAGGAAAAUGUAUCUGUUGCUGCGGAACAGAAAGCUAUACGUGGCCAAAAAGAUGAACGUCCUAUCGAAGAAGCAGCUACCGGACUCCGAGCAGCUGACCACUUUCGCCCAUUUGUCCGAUUUCGUGGUGUACAAAAUCACGAACGCGAAGUGGCGUUUUCACGCGCCCUUCGAGUGGGGCCUGUGCCUCAAGCCGUCCAGCAACGAAGAAACCAAAAGUACGGUGGCAGGAGAGCCCGGACUCAAGGUCGUCGCUUUCCAGACCGAAAAGUCCCGCGUUUGCUGGCUCACGGCCAUGAGACUCGCCAAGUACGGCAAGCAGCUCAGGGACAACUACAGAGCCUUCAAGAACAAACAGUGCGAGCAAGCCGGCGGGGAUGCCAUGAAGGAACGAUACUCCACCUACAACGCGUCCAAUGAAUCGGUGCGGUCGCGCGUGGCUAUGGACUUCACGGGAAGCGUCGGGAGGAUCGUGGAGGAUCCAAAGGAAGCGAAGGAUAUCGCGGAGAGCGAGGGGAUCGAUUGGAGGCGAACCUGGAGGCCAUUCUCGAGACCACCGCCAGGCUGCGCGGUGGUCAGGUUGCACGGGCUCGACGACGGUGUCCACGUUCUGCAACCGUGGUUUCACAGGGGCCUGAAGAGAGACAUCGCGGCGGCUAUCGUCAGGGAUCACGGCUCCGUGGACGGGGUGUUCCUGGUGCGCGAGAGCAAGAGCAACCUGGGAGCCUACGUGCUCACCUACAAAUACAGCGACAAAGUGUUCCACGCGCAGAUCCAACCGGUCUUCGACGAGCGCUGCAACUGCUGGCUGUACACCCUGGACAAAGGAGUGACGAAGUUCUACGACCUGCUGCAGCUGAUCGCGUUCUACCAGUUGAACGCCGGCUCGCUGCCGACGCGGCUGACGCACUACGUGCAGAACGUGGUGCCGGUGUCGUUGCCCGGCUCGGAGCGCGAGGCCUCGUCGUCGCCGCCGUCGCCGACGUCGCCGGCCGAGAUGACCCGGCGGUUCUCCGUGACCGGGAACCCCGAGAGGUUCGCCGGCCACGGGACCAUCCGAGGAUAGAGAAUCCGGCGGCCCGGCGGCCCCGAGCGGCGCGCCUCGACGGACGCCGCCGCCUCAGCGCGGCCGGGUUGCUGGAGUUUGUGCCUGUGCAGUUACGGCGGCU